AUGUUCUCCUCGUCGAAUUCCUUCCUCGGCGGUGGUGGUGCUGGUCGUCCAGGCCAGGCACCAUUCAUGCAGCAACAACAGCAGCCCUCAUACUCGCAAUUCCCCCAGGGACAACAGCAGCAGCCAAUGCAGCAGCCCCAGCCCACAGGGUUCGCGCCACAGCCAACUGGCUUUGCCGGUCAGCCGUCGCCGUUCGGUAACUCGCAGCUUCAACCUCAGCCCACCGGAUUCCCCGCCGGACAGCUCCAGCCGCAAUUUACUGGCUUCCCUGGACAACAGCCACAACAACUGCAGCAACAGUUCCAGCAGCAGCAGAACUUGCAGCCCCAAUAUACUGGAUUUCCCCCUCAGAAUCAGCCUCAGAGCCAGCCGCAGUCGCAACCCCCUCAGCCCCAGGUCCCCCAGAUUACGGGGCUUCCUUCCAGAUUGAAGACGUCGUCCGACAUCGCAAACUCCUUCCACGAUACUGGUGCCUCCGGACCUCCCCCGCAAGUGCCACCGAAGACUGGGUCAAAGAUCCCCAGUAUCCGACUUUCGUUCAUCACGGCACAGGACCAGGCCAAGUUUGAGCAACUAUUCAGGUCUGCUGUCGGCAAUGAAAAGACAAUGGAUGGCGAGAAGGCGAGGGACCUUCUGAUGCGCUCCAAGCUCACAGGUACCGACCUUUCCAAGAUCUGGGUUUUGUCGGAUUCCACCAAAUCAGGACAGCUUUUCUUCCCUGAGUUCGCACUGGCUAUGUACCUGUGUAACCUGCGCUUGACUGGUCGUGACCUUCCUGCCUCUUUGCCCGAGACAAUCAAGAAUGAGGUAUCUAGCAUGGUCGACAUCAUCUCUUUCGAUGUCCCCGACUCGCACCCAGCGCCGCCACCGCGAACCAAUGUGCCCAAUUUUGAUGCGCCUCUUUUGGAGAACAAGUCCACGCCACCCAUCGUCCAGCAGCCACAGCCCCAACAAGCGAGCAAUACGCAGCUCCUGAACCAGUUGACUGCGCAGCCUACCGGAUUCUUCCCUCAGCCUACCGGCAUGCAACCCCAGCAGACCGGCUUCCCGGGACAAAAUCAGUCGCAGUUCCUUCAGCCGCAGCAGACAGGGUUUAUGACAAACCCGCAACCUACAGGGUACAGUGGCCCUCGGCCUCCAAUGCCGCCAAUGCCCACUGGCUUCGGCUCAAACCUCAGCCCUGCACAAACUGGAGGCUUGGCCGCGCAACCUACUGGUAUCGCCCCGCAGCCUACUGGUAUUCCGGGUCAGUGGGGCUUCAUCAACACCCCUGCCCAGGGCUUGCCUAAUAUCGAGGCGAUGAAGCAACAGCUCAUGCCUCAGCCUGGUCGUGAGGGUGGCUUCAACAUGGCCAACCUCUCCGGUAAUGCCACAGUUGCCUGGGCCAUCACCAAAGAGGAAAAGAAGAUUUAUGACGACCUGUUCCGGGCUUGGGAUGGAUUCCGCAAGGGCUUUAUUGGUGGUGAAACUGCCAUCGAGAUCAUGGGCCAAAGUGGAUUGAACCGAAAGGAUUUGGAGCGAAUUUGGACUUUGGCCGACCCUCACAACCGCGGCCGUCUCAACAUGGAUGAAUUCGCCGUGGGCAUGCAUUUGAUCUACCGAGCUUUGAACGGUUAUCCGGUGCCUAGCCGCCUCCCUCCGGAGCUUAUCCCACCCUCCACAAGACACUUGAAUGAUUCCAUCGGUACUGUCAAAUCGCUUUUGUCACAAGAUGCCGAAUCCCGGAAGACUUCCGGGGCUUUCUUGCAACCGCAGAAGACUGGCGUCAGCUAUCUCAAGGAUCACUCGUUCCGUGGUGGUGGUGGAUCGCCUGGAUUUGGUCGUAAAGAUGCGACGAUGUUCAAGAAUAACGAUGCCGCGGGCGGCUACCGUUCUAGUGCCCGCCGUCGCGUUGGUAACGAUGCCCGCACCCCGUCACCUGCUCCUUCCUCCCAGACCUCUGAAGGAGAAGAGCUGUCCGUGGACCAGCUGCGAAAGAAGAUCCGUGAGACCAAGGUGAUGCUGGACGCCGCUGACUUCCAGGACGAGAACAGGGCCGAGGAUGAUGAGGCUCUUGAUCGUUCGGACCGCCGUGAAGCAGAGAGUCUCAUGGACCGUAUUCGUCGUGUGCAGGAUGACAUUGACACCCACCCCAACGCCUCGUUCCGCCAACUGGAUAGUGGAGCUGAGCGUAGGUCCCUUCGUCGUCAGCUCCAGUCCUAUGAGGACCAGGUCCCGCAGGUCGCGUCCGAUGUUCGACGUGUCGAGCGUGAGAUCGCUGACGCGAAGCUUGAACUUUUCCGCCUCAAGGAUGCUAAAGCCAACCCUGGCAGCGCUCAGAACAUCGUCGGUACUGGUCCUGGCGGUUCAGUGACCGAGGCGGAUCGCAUCAAGGCUCGCGCCCGCGCCCGCAUGCAGGCCCGCGCCGCCGAAUUGGCUGGUCGCCCUGCUCCCGCUACUGAAGAUGACGAUGGCCAGGCUGCUCGCCGACUGGAGGCCGAGAGUGCGAAUGCUAAGGCUGAACGAGAGCGCAACGACACUAUGACACGUGAUGUCGAGGAAAGUGUUCGGGACUUCACCCGCAGUCUGGAGGACAGUCUCCGGGAGGAAGGUCAGAACUCCACCCGUGAUCAUGAGAAGCGACGAUGGGAGGACGCCCUUGGCGUUGAAGACAUUACCCGUGACUUCAUCUACGAUCUAAGCCGCAACAGCCGGACUGCGCAUGUCCGCAAGGAAGAGCGCGACAGAUCUCUCCACGAGCGCCCCCGCUAUGAAUCCCCGGCGGCUGAGUCACCUGCCGCACGGCCUUCUAUGCCUGCAUCGACUGGCUCUUCAGGCUCUGGUGCCGGUAACACGCACGAGGACCGCGUGGCGGCUGCCAGGGAGCGUGCACAGAAGCGCAUUGCUGAGCGUAUGGCCGCUGCUGGCCUGAAGCCUAGCGACUCGACCGAGACAUUGACGCAACGCCAGGAGCGAGAGAAGAGAGAACGCGAGGAGCGCGUGAAGCGCGCCGAGGAAGAGGAUGCUAAGCGUGAAGCCGAAAGACAGCGCCGAUUGGCUGAGGAGAAGGGUGGUCCUAGUGCUGCAGGUCCCAAGACUGCGGGCAAGAAGCCGCCCCCGGCACCUCCAACUCGCCGAGCCCGCACCGAUAGCGCGGGCCAAGCUGAUGCUAAGAAGGCCGAAGAAGCCAAGGCCGAACAUGCUGUUCGUGAGCAGGCCAUCAAGGAGGAGCAGGAGGCGCAGGAGGCGGAGACCAAGCGUCUUGAGAGCGAAGCAGAUGAGUUCCAGAAAGAGAAGGACGCCCAGGCAGCUCGCCUGAAGGCCCUCGAGGAACAGGUCCGACAAGGCAAGAUCAAGAAGCAGGAAGAGAAGCGCCGUAGGGAAGAAGCUGCUCGAUCGGCCAAGGAACAGGAGGCCAAGAUGGAAGCCCAGCGUGCUGAACUUGAAGCGGCCAGGGAACGUGAGCGCCAGUUGCAGCGCGAGCUGGAGGGCAUGGAUGAGGAGAGCUCUUCCGACGACGAGGGCCCCGAGAACAUCACUCCCCAGGAUAGCACCCCAACUCAAAGCCAGGUCCUGCCCGCACCACCUGUGCCUACACUAUCUAUUCCUGAGCCCCCGGUGCCCGCCCCUGCUCCGGAGGCUGAGAAAGAACCCACCCCGGCCACUUCACCCGACGAGAAGUUUUCAACUCCUAUUGUCUCACCUGACGCCGAGUCGAAGAACCCCUACUUCAAGUCUCUUGGACAGCCAACCGAAACUACCCAGGCGGCUUCGCCCGCGGCCCAGUCCACCAACCCGUUCCACCGCCUCGCUCAGCAAGAGAAGCAAGAACCCUCCAAGCCAACUUUCACUGGAGCCGGACCCUUGGAGCGCAAGUCCCGCACCCGCCCUGAGGAUGAUGACGACUGGUCUGCCGCCGGGUCCGACUUUGAGUCGUCUGACGACGAAGACGAGCGUCCCGGUGGUGGCAGCGCCAAGCAGCUUGCCAGCAUCCUGUUCGACAAGUCUCCUUCCAAGUCCGCUACACCUGUGCAAGACAGUCCUGUCGCGCCCCCGCCUCCUCCACCUGCGCCUCCCGCUGUGAACGAGCCCGAGGCCGGAGAGAGCUCCCCGACUUCUCUCCCUCCCCCUCCACCAGGUGCCGUGCCUCCUCCUCCUCCCCCUCCUCCGCCCCCGCCGCCGGGAGGAGCCCCAGUUGCUGCACCUCCCCCACCACCCCCUGCUCCCGGUGCUCCCGGUGCUCCUGUAGCUCCUCCUCCACCUCCCCCUGGUGCUCCCCCGGGUGCCCCGCCCCCUGCACCCCCUGCUGUUGGCGGUCCCGGAGGAGGCCAUUCCGCCUUGCUUGCUUCCAUCCAGGCUGGAAGGGGCCUCAAGAAAGUGCAGACCAACGACCGCAGCACGAGCUCCUCGGCCGGGCGUGUGCUGUGA